GCAAAAUUUGUUAGCAGGACACUGAGAGUAAGGUUGUGUUUGUCUGUUUGUGUUUCUCGUUUUUUAUUUAAAAUCAGAGACAUCGCUAGUAUUCUUAUGGGUGCCAAUUUGAUUAAAAACAGUUUUCCUUCAAUAGCAUAUUUCACUGGUGUGAUUGAAAAGUAAAACUGGUCAUAUACAUUCUGAAUAGAAGUUAGAUAGAAAUAAUGUUAUAUUCUGUCAUUUUAAUUUCCGGGUUUGUGGCCUGUGGAUUAUCCGUUGAACAAAGCACAAAGCACGAUACGUACGAACGAAUCAGAAGUGACCUAAUGAAGAGGUCAGUGUCAGUCCAGAAGUAUCCACCAGAGCUAGACUGCACAGAUGACAGACCGUUCAGGAUGAGUUACAAUUUAUUACUCAUCGAUGUAUUGGAUGUUGACCAAAUCAAUCAGCUGAUGUCCAUCUUAGCCUUCGUUCAAAUAGAAUGGAGCCAGAAUGACCUUUCAUGGAACUCAACCGAGUACGACAACAUAGAAAGUGUUAUACUGGACUCGUCCACUAUAUGGGUGCCCACUCUACAUAUUUUAGUUGGAAGCAAAGACUCUCACCUGUAUGAAAUGAACAAAAAACUUGUGGUUAGUUCAAGCGGCUUAGUUCGAACCCAGGCUAGAAACUACAUCACAUUUCGGUGCAAAAUAGAUUUCAACAAAUAUCCGUUUGAUUCGCAGACGUGUUCAUUCGGGAUCUACAAGGAAAAUCUUAUGAUGGCUAAAAAUGACGUGAAACCGACCUGUAGACGCUCUUCAGCAAGUAAUAAAGACUACAUCACAGAAGGAGAAUGGGAGACGCUAGAUUAUUUUUGCCAGACGUUUCAGGAUGAGAAUCAUAAAAAGUAUCCACGGUACUCAUUCGUCGUCAGGAGACGUAGGGUCUAUUACGUCAUCACCGUGGUGUUCCCCAUGGUUCUGACGUCAGUGAUGAUCCCGCUGGUGUUUCUGAUCCCGACAAAAACCGGAGAGAAGAUUUCCUACCUGGUGACCAUGUUCACAUCCACGGCAAUAUUUCUAAGCUACAUCAGUACCGUGAUGCCGAGGAGUCUUUCUGAUACCCCAUACUUGGCUGUGCUACUCAUGGAAGUCUUGUGUGAAGGGCUGUGUGCAAUGCUAGCGACUCUCUGGGUCGUCAAUAAGCCUGACAGCGUUCAAUUUAGUGUUCCUAAAAGCUUAACAAAGGCCGGAAACUCCAAAGUUAUUAAUGAAAACCAAAAAGACACAACUACAGGAGAUCCACUUGUAAGUUUAGAAAGUCGGACAUCUCUGAAAGUUGAUCACCAGUUGAGGAUAAAGCAAGUGGACAGAAUCUUGUUUAUUUGUUUCACGAGUGUGGAAUUUAUUUUUCUCUGCUUCUUAUUUUUUUCUACGGGAUGGAUUAAUUAGAUCUGUUCUA